UUGCUUGCGCUUCUGGUAGAAAGGUAUUGUUCGCUUUUUCAAACAGACGAAAACUAAGCAUAUUUUGCAGUAAUUGUAAUGUGAAUAAUUCUCGGUGCAGUGUUACAACAUCAUGGGUCUAAAAACAAUCGAUAUCUUGGUGACGUUGCUCUUGAAUUUAAUACAAUACGGUUGCUCUGAGCACAUCCUGUCCUGCAAUGUAACGGUUCUGGAUCCGUGUCCUGCGAACCAGAAGUGUGUUGGUAAAACGAAUCAAUGUGAGUGCCUGGAGGGGUUUGUGCGCGUCGGGGAUGAUUGCGAGACACCGGCGGACGUGUCAGGGUCGCACAGCGGCGUGACGGUAGCUCUAGUAACAAUAUGCACGCUUGCUCUCCUUAUAACAGGCGCUGUGUUGGUAGUUAGGAAGUACAAUUUAGUUGAUUAUGUCCGGCAGAAGAUUGAGGCAAGACGGACACAUGAUGUCAUGUACGAAGACGUUAUGAUCGGUAACGACGACCCGCCUCUCAGUCCCUAGUUGCCUUGCUGUAUACUAUUUAUUGAUGUAGCUUGUAAUUGUUAUAUGUAAUGGGAAUAUGAUUUGGAAGUGUUUUGUUGAUACUAGUUUGGAUUAAGAUAACAUGUUAUUGAUUAUGAUAAUUAUUUUGUUUUGUGUCUCUUCAUAAUAUAAUGCUGGCAACUUGAAACAGGUAGUUUGAAAUGUUAGAAUUAUUCGAUCAAUACCUAUUUCAUUAUUGCAACAUACAUUUUGAUAGAUUUCAUUUUUUCCUUAUUAAACAGGAAAAAUAAUGUUCUUAAUUUUUAUUCAUAGCAUGCCUGUAUGAAUUUACAUUGCACCAUUAUUUUCAUUCAGAAGUAUAUAGUAAAAAAAAAUUAUAUAAAGCAAAAUUUCUAGAAAGUUUUAGAAAGUAACAGAUUGAGAAUAACUAAUAUUUCUUUAAACUAAUAGCAACAAGAUUUUGGUUUAAAAUUGUAUGUCGGAAACUCUAUAAAUAGUUUUUGGGCAAAUUAUGCCUGUUUUAAAACAAGCACAAAGAAAAUGCCAAUAAAAUUCACAACAUUACUCUUUUGUUAUCAAGGAAAGUGAAUUUGGCAACGGACCAAAUAUCUGAGUACAAGUAAGGUCAAACAGAACACUUCCAAACACAAUGUUAAAAUGUAUUAAAAAUAAAUAUUCUAUAUGUUGUCGUUUUGGCUAAGUAUAUUAUAGGUGAUUGACAUACACAUACAAGGUUUGACAUUCAAAACAGUGUCUUAUAGUCAUUAUUUGUUAAUGAAAAAAAUUCGGAUCACAUUCCGAAUGAUUAAACUAACCAAUCAACUAUCUCCAGCAAAUAAAGACAUUAUUUAUUCUUGUUACUCGAACAAAGGGCACUGUUUAUAAUUGACAUAAAAACAACAACUGAUAGUAUCAAUGACAACAUAAUUUCCCCACAUGUCAUAGCUUGUUACAACUGUGUAUGUGUGCGUGACGCCUGCUUGUGUAAAUGAAUCACCUUGCCUAUACAACAUACUUUGGUAAACAAAUGCCUAUUAGGGAGUAUGAUACAAUAUAGGAUAGCUCUUUAUGAUUAAUACAUUGUUACUCUUCUUUUAUCUGUAUGUGAUAGUUUGUUAAUGAUUUUAAACUAUUAAAUAACACUCUGGAACUCACACAGCAAAAUUAUUCAUAUUGUUUAGGAAAAAAUUCUGGUUUAUAUUAUAAUAGGUAGUUGUAAUUGAGUAAUUAAUUAGUAAAAACUUGUCAUUGUUUUAUCCAAAACUUUAUUAUGCUGAGACGAAGAAACUUAGCAAUUAUUGUGAUUCAUCUUUUAGUAAAACAAUCCUUGUAAUUAAAUGUCCAGCACAAGUUAGUUUCCCUUUUUCUUUAUUAUCACUGAGGGAUACCGAUUGUAGUUCUAGAAGUAAUAUUUAACUUGUUUAAGAAUAAAAUGUUAUCUUUUUAUUUCUAACCUAAGCAUACAUUCGCCAUUUUAUUAGUAUGUUGCAUAUGUGUUCUAACAUUUUAUAGUUUUCUAUGUUUCUUAGAUAAGUUCAUGUUAGAUUUUGCUUCUGCUCAAUUUAGCCAAAGACUGAAUGGUGUUGCCAGUUAUAAACGAAAUAUUAUUUCACAAUUAAUUUUGUAUAUUUUGCUGUAGCUAGUUAGAUUAUCUUUUUUACAUUAAAACGAAUUGUAUUUCUAUGAAAAAUUAUGCAGGCUUAUUUUACUGUAACAAAAUUAUAAUAUUAAUAUGUUAUUUUUUCAAUUUUGUAAGUCAAAUAAUUUUAUUCCAAUAAGUUGUCAAAAGGUUAAUGGUAUUGUAUUAAAUUAUCUCUUUUAAUUAUUAGU